AUGACUCCUCACGAUCGUGCCAUCAUCUGGGCUAAUGGUAAGCCGUGGUUCGUUAUCGUCAAGACCUCCUACGUUCUCUGUGGAAGCUGGAACACAGCCUCGUAUAUCAUCGGCCACAAAACAAAAAGCGGACCGCCCGUAUUCCAUAUUGGAUACGCUCUCGCACCACCAGAGGCCGUUGUAUACUCCAAGCAAGACUCUAUCCAGGAGCUCCAUAUGAGAGGAUUCCACUCCGAUGAAUACCCAGACGAUACCGAACCCCUUGACCUCAUCGAGAUCGCUAUACGUGGCCGCGGCUCUAACAGAACGCCAUGUACGUUUAUCGUUAACGAUAUUCCAAGCUCACUGGUCCUGGUCUACCAAUCCAAACAAAAGACAGACCUUGCGUUCGUGACUCUAUGUCGCAUCCCCGGCUGGCACGAGCGAGUCUGCCAUGAUUCAGAAGGCAUCCCAGACGCUAUACCAAUGAUUCCUGCAGGAGUUUUCCACGAUAUCCACGGUUAUGACUACGGUAACCCGUUCCCCGGGAACUCCACAUCCAUGCCUGGCCCCGAUCUGGUACAACACGUGGACUGGGCCACCGGGUACGACGCAUUAGAUGCCGACGGUAACCCGACCCGUCGGUAUCAGAGGCGCCGCGCACGCGAGUCCCAACGAUUGCAAGACGCCGCCAACCUACCCACAGAGCCAGCUUAG